UGUGAUUGUUUCCUUUCUCACAUUCCUCAUGUUGCGUUUCUCUGCUGCCGUUUGUUACAGAUGGAGGUCCGACUGGCCGACAAUCUGAAGACGGUGCUCUUCCUGAUCGUCCUGCUCUCCCCCGGUUCCAGUGAAAAUGACCUGUACUUCAACUUCUGUGGUACCUGGCGUCAUGGCAACGCCCCGCUCCGGCUGGAGGUGGAGCUCACGCCGGGCUGCAGAGGGCUCUCCUUCACCGCCAACGAGAGCGUCCUGUCGGUACGUGGGCGGCUGACGGCCGAGUGCAACACGGACAAAGUGAUCGAGCUCCACGAGUUCGGACUCCACCCGGAAAAGAACGUCGACUUCUGCGUUUACUGGGAGCCGUUUCUGGACCAGUUCAAGAUGGAGGUGGGGGGCAGGAACCUGACGCUGUGCUACCCCGCCGUCCCGCUGGACUCCUGCUGCACCGACCUGAGCGACGGCCCCAACGCGCCGGCGGGAACCUUCGGCAUCGUCAACGCCAUGAUCUGGGAUGAUGUCAUCACCACCGAGACUCGGACCGCCUUCCAGUUCAUAGCCGGCGCCACGGGCUGCAAGUCUCUGUGUGACCAGGCGGACCAGGACUACCUGCGCAGCCUGCAGUCCUCCCCCAGACCCCCCAGCGGCCCCCCCGGCCCCGGACUUCCCUGCGGUCACAGAUCCACCAUGGAGAUGGAGGACGGCUUUGGAGGCUACAACGUCUCCUCGCUCGCCAGGUCGGGCUCGGGUUCUGGUUCUGGUUCGGGGUCGGCGGUCCGGGUCUUCGUCCCCCCGGCUCUGAGGAGGAGCUCCAACAGCAGCAAGGUGGUGUUCACCUUCUUCAACGGCAACCCGCUGUUCCAGGACGGCCACCAGAACCUCCAGCUCCUCCAGGACGUGGUUGACAUCACCGUGGAGAACCAGGUCGUCACUAAUCUGUCGGAGCCGGUGAAGAUCGGCUUCCACCACAACGCCAUUCCGGACCAGAACCGGAGGAGCUGCGUGUCCUGGGACGUCCACCGAGACCCGCUGCAGGUGCGCUGGCUAGCGGAUGGCUGCACUACGCUAGCGCGGGACGACGCCCACACCGAGUGCCUCUGUGACCACCUGACCUACUUCGCCGUGCUGGUGGACCUGGAGCCCCGCCCCCUGCGCCACCUGCUAGCGCUCACCUGCAUCAGCUUGGCUGGCUGCGCCGUGUCCUUCGUCAGCUGCGUGGCGCUGCUCGUCUUCCUUGCCAGGAAAUGGAGACGCUCCACCAACAAUUCCCUACACAACUCCCUCCCCGUUCACGUGGGCUUGGCCGCCUCCCUGGCGCUGCUCAGCCUGCUGUUCUUCCUGACGGGGGUGCUAGCUAACGCGGGCCACGAGGCCGCCUGCACCUGGGCGGCGCCGCUGCUGCACUACGCGCUGCUCAGCGCCUUCGUCUGCAUGGGGGUGGAGGUGUUCCACGCAUUCUGGAUAACGUACAAGCCCUGUAUCCCCUUCCCCAGGCCCUACGACUGGAUCCUGGCGGGCUUCGUUCUCCCAGUGAUUCCUGUCGGCGUCCUGGUGGCGGUGGGCGACGUGUACGGGCUGAGGGAGGUGGAGCAGGCCGCGACCCGGGACCCCUACCUCAUGUGCUGGAUGAAAGUGAACCCCAAGGCCCGGCUGGCCCACUACUUCACCAACCUGACGCUGCUGGCCGUCCUGGUGCUGGCCGGGUCCGUGGUUCUGGUCUUCGUGUACCGGAAGAUUCGGAACCGAGCCGAGUGGAGUCAGAACCGGGGCACGGUGUUCAUGUUGGGGCUCAUCCUCCUGUUCGGGACGUCCUGGGGUCUGGCCUUCCUGGACUUUGGCCCGCUGUCCAACGUCGUCCUCUUCCUCUUCUGCUUCCUCAACUCCUUCCAAGGGUUCUUCCUGAUGAUCGGGUUCUGGCUGCAGGGCUGGAUGAAGAGGCGCUUGGACCGCGGAAGCUCCAGCACCACCACCAGCACCAGCACAAGCACCAGCACCAGCACCAUGCUUCCGACAGCAAACAAGCACACCCUCUCCCAGACCCCUCAGACCUGAGACCUGAGACCCAAGACUCGGACCUAAGACCUGGGACCCCGUGGUCCCGGUACCCUGUGGUCCUGGUACCCCGUGGUCCCGGUACCCUGUGGUCCUGGUACCCCGUGGUCCUGGUACCCCAUGGUCCUGGUACCCCGUGGUCCCUAUACCCUGUGGUCCUGGUACCCCACCCUCUGAAAGCUGAACAAUCCUUUGCAGCUUCUGGUAUUUAACGUGCUGUUAAUGUUUCCUUCUUUCAGUCAUUCUGGAGUUUUCCUUCUGCAGCUUGUUGUUUUCACCGAGUGAAGAAAAGGUUGGAUUUUGGAAACAGUGAUUUUGUUUUGAUGCUCAAUUCAAACUUAAACUAAAAUAAAAAAUAGGAGUAAAAUAAUAGAAAAUUAGAAUAUGUUUGAAAUAAAAUUUUUCCAAAAUCCACUUAAACUAAUCAAGAGCAGGGAGAAAGCUGAUUAAAGCUGAUUAAAAAAAACUCAAGUGGUUCUGGAAGUCUGACAGCCGACCAGGUCCCAAUAACAAAUAUAUAAAUAUAUAAAGGUAUUACCAGGACACCUGACGGGGGCAGGACUUGCUGGGGGCGGGGCUUGGUCGUGGGCGUGGCCUAUGUUUCCUAUGAGGUGCUGAGCAGGCGAGACUCUCACUCGUCUCCACAACUGCAGUGACUUUGUUCUGAAUUAUGUUUUUGUUUAUUUCAGAAAAUCUUUUUUUGUUCGUAUUUCCAGAAAAAUCCACAACAAAACAGAAAAUCUCUCAGAGAGUCUCGGUUUCACUUUUCAUUACUGUUUUUCCUUCUGGCUGGUUUCUGGCCGUGAUGACGUCAUCACGCACGUGUGACGUCAUUGUUGUUAUUUUAAAAAUAAAAUCCUUCUUUAUUCAGGGAAACUACGGGAAGCUAAACGACUGCAGAUUUGCAGAAACUAUUGAUUUUAUUGUCGUUUUGUGUAUAAAGGAAACAACGUGCUGUUAUUCUUAUUUUUAUUAUUAAUACGGAAGAGUAUCAGGGCCAUGCAGGAGAAAAAAUAUUUGAGAGGGGAAGAUUUUUUUUAUUGUGCACUUCAAGAAAAAAGUCGAAAUGUCGAGAUUAAUGUUGAAAUACAAUUUUUUUUUUAAAUGUCGAGAUUAAUGUUGAAAUACAAUUUCAAGAUUAAAGUUGAAAUUUAACCUUUUUUCUCUCGACAUUUCGAGUUUUUUCUCGAAGUGCACAAUGAAAAAAAAAUCUUCCUCCUCUAAAAUAUUAUUUUUAUUUUUCUCCUGCCUGGCCCUAAUACUCUUCCGCAUUAAACAGCCGCACGGACCUUAGAUAAGCUUUUUAUUUGAAACGUUUCACUGCUUAUCUGCGCUUUUUUAUAGCUGAUUUUUAAUUCCUUUAAUGUAGCACUUUAGCUUGUGACUGUUGUAGCCUCUGCUAGCCUGCUAGCACGUGAUGCUAGUUCUACUUGUAGGCAGAGUAGAAGAGAACCGUUUAUAUUUCCUUUAUUUUUCCUUCAAGCGCAUUAAGAUAUUUGCUGUUUUUGGCUUCCAAAUUAAAUAAAUUGGAUUAAGCUGUAAGGUAAAUAAAUGUGGUUAAAUAUCAAACAAAUUUAACGUGUACGAGGAGAACAGACAAAUGUUUUUUUUUGAUGCUGUUAUUUUUGCAAUUUUUUUUAUUUUAUAAAAAAUGUUUUUGUCACUCCUUUUUCUUUUUUUACAUAUUUGACUUUUCAUGUAUAUAUCAUAUUUAAUAAAUGAAAUAA